AUGACGUAUAAUUUAAAAAAAGAUCAUUUAAAAAAUUUGGAUACACAACAAAUAAAUGGAAAAUCGAUGAUUCAUAUUACUCAUGAUGAUUAUGAUGAUGAUCAAGAUAUUUAUAUAUCAGAACGAUCAUCUAUUGCAUCAUCAAGUGAUAUGAAUCAAGUAUCUAGUCCAACUGUUAAACGAUUACCAACACCAACACCAACACCAUCUUCACUAUUAUCAUUCGCACAAAAACAACCUCAUAAUGUUCGAUGUCAUGGUAAUGAAUUACAAGAAAAGGGAAUACCAAUUACUACUCAAUGUCAACUUCCACGUAAGCAAGAGAGAAAAAAGAAAAAAAGUCUGCAUAAAGCUACACCUGGUCAAGGAACUUUAGCUCCAUUAUCUGAAACGAAACCAUACGAAAUCGCUGAUAAUUAUUAUCCAUAUUGGGGUUAUUAUCAAGUAAAAAAUCCUGAUUGGAUUAUACAUCAUCGUCAAACAAUCGAUGGUCAAAUAAUAUCAAAUGAAUCACUUGAUCCUUCACAAUAUGUUCAUCAACCUGCAUUAAUAACAUCAUCUAUACAACCAAAACAACAACCACGAAAAUCUCGUCAACAUGGUGCAUCAAUAAAUCGAUCCAAUCAAGAUAAACAACGUCAUGAUCGUAGUGAAAAAAAUUCGCCAACAUCAUCACAUUUAACAUUUCAUGACUGUUAUGAUAAUAAUUAUCAACAACAACAACAACAACAACAACAUAUACUUUUUGAAAAUUCUAAUAAUGACGAACAUCGAGAACAAACAACAAAACGUACAAUAUCACAACAACGUCGUAAAUUAAAAAUUGAAAAUGAUUCAACUGAUCAUAAUGUGCAAUCACAUACAAGUAAAUUACCUCAAAAUUCAAAUAGUUUAAUUAUAACAUCCAAUUCAUUGACAAAUCGAUCAAAAAAUCGUACAAAAACGUCAGAAAAAAAUGCUGAUAUUGAAGAAAACAGUAAACAUCGUCAUUCUAAACAUUGUCAUCAUCAUCAUCAUCAAAAUCAUAUUCAAUCACAUAAUUCUCCUUCAAUUCCUUCUCAACAAAAUAAUCAUCAUCAAAGUCUUCAUGUUCGACGUCGUCCACCAUCCGGUUCAAAUCAUAGUCCUGAUUUGCAAAUUGUUGAUACUUCAACAAAAAAAUCCGAACGAUCAUCUUAUUUUCAACAAACACGAGAAUCAUUUCAUUUGCCAGCAACACCUGUUUAUAAUCAAAGUUCUUAUUUACCACCUAUUAUACGUGAUCAUCAUCAUCAUCCUCAAAAAACUAAUACAAAUCGUUUUCCAACUGAAUAUUAUGGUACAUUAGCUCGACAGACACAUGAUAAAGAUUGGGAAGAACCAAUAGAAAUUACAAAAAUCUAUAAACCUGGUUCACAAACACGAUUUUAUGAUCGUUAUUUAAAUAAUGUUGUAGACAAGAGACUAGCAGUUUGA